GGGCCUAGGGACCACCAUGACUGAAGCUGGCUGGUGGAAGCUGACUUUCCUCCGGAAAAAGAAAUCCACUCCCAAAGUGCUCUAUGAAAUCCCUGACACCUAUGCCCAAACAGAGGGAGGUGCAGAGCCUCCGGGCCCUGACGCUGGAGAUCCUCACAGCGACUUUAACACCCGUCUGGAGAAGAUUGUGGACAAGAACACCAAAGGCAAGCACGUCAAAGUGUCCAACUCAGGCCGCUUCAAGGAAAAGAAAAAAGUCCGGGCCAUGUUGGUAGAGAACCCCAGCCUCUUUGAUGACAGGGAGAACAAAGGACAAUGAAAUCAGCCAAGGAGGACACUAGCACCUCCCUGGUCCCUGCCACUGGUGGGGUCUGAGGCAGGAGCUUGCCACGCUGGCCUCUUUGGUCAUAGCUGAAGUCAUAGUGGCAGGUGAUGCCUGCUGGCAGGAGCGCCUGGUUCUUAGGUUUGUAUUUAUGUGCCCCAGAUUUACAAAGGGCCUGGGAGAUCCCAGGGUCCUCCUCCCCAUGAUCACAUACAAAGGCACUCUGGUCCAGGAUGAAAAAUGGCCGCCUAGAAGUACAGCCAUCCUUGGCACAGUGGCUUGGCUCACAGGAAGGCAGCAUGGCAGAGGACAGACAGGGAGUCUAAUGGACACCACCCUCUCUCCCUGGGCACAGGGUCAAGGGUGAAUUCAUAUUGCUGCUGCCUCUACUUUCUCUACCUGUGACUUAUUUCCCGGACCAAUCCUAGGAAGGAGAUCAGAGUUUCCAAAAAGUCACAUGAUCUUGGUUGCCUUGGUGUCAGAGGCAGAGUUGUUGAACUUAAGAUCACCUCUUAAUUCAAGGAGUAAACUUCCUGGAACUUUGCUCCCCAGAGUGGAGGGGCAAAGGACACGGGCACUCCCUGGGGUGUUACAGAAGGCCAGAUCGGAAAUUCCCAAGUUAUUGCCUUGACCCCCACUUGUGUGGGUGCUGAAUUACAUACCCCCAAGAAGAAGCCUCAUGGACCCAAGGGUCCAAACUGGAGGAAUGGAUGGAUUUCCUCUACUCCUUUCCUGAUAGUAUUUAAGAUGGAUCAGCCCCAGAAGUCAAUCCUGGAGCCUUGAAUUUUGUUUGAAAAGUAAUGGUAGGUUUUACCUAGUAAUAAACAAUGCUGCAGAAACAGA